GUGCUUGCCCGCCCGCCCGCCCGCCAUGGCCAGCAUUAAGGACCUCGAGGGGAGGUGGCGCCUGACGGAAAGCCAAGGCUUUGAGGAAUACAUAAAGGAGCUAGGAGUAGGACUGGCUCUUAGGAAAAUGGGUGCCAUGGCCAAACCAGACUGUGUCAUUACGUGUGACGGCAACAAUAUCACCGUUAAAACCGAGAGCACUUUGAAGACGACACAGUUUUCUUGUACCCUGGGAGAGAAGUUUGAUGAAACUACAGCUGAUGGCAGAAAAACUCAGACGAUCUGCACCUUCGCCGAUGGUGCCCUGGUCCAGCACCAGAACUGGGACAGGAAGGAAAGCACAAUAACCAGAAGAGUGAAGGAUGGAAAGCUGGUGGUGGACUGUGUGAUGAACAAUGUCACCUGUACUCGGGUCUAUGAGAAGGUGCAGUGAGGAUGCCUCUCCACCCCGGACAGGAGUGAAUGAGCUCAGUUCAAUGAGCAGGUCAUAAAUAUCUAUACUGCUUUUUUUCUUCAGUUUUAUUUUUCAUGACUGUGUUCAACCAUCUUUAUCACCAGCACUUUACAUGAAACCCAUGUCAAAGUGUUAAUUUAUCUGGGA